AUGGAUCAGCACUCACAGAUUAACAAGGUCGUUGGAGGUGCCACAAAUGUUGAUACCCCUGCUGCAUCAUAUGCCCUAACCCCGUUCCUACAGCAUGUACCAAUGGAAUCAGUGCCUCCAUCGUCAGUUGGCGCUGCCUUCCUUCCAUUUUCAGCUUCCCAGGGUUCUGUAGCCUACCCAUCUGCCAUUCUGCCACUGCUCUCAAACCAGCAACCCUCACAGACCGACCCUUUUGAAGCGGCUACAAAUGAUGCAGCAUAUGCCCUAACAGCCCUAACAACAUACAAUCACCAACCUGAAGCAUUGGCAUCAGUGCCUCCAUCAUCAUCAGCUGGCGCCACCUUCCUUCCAGCUCCAGCCUCCCAGGGUGCCCCUACUGCCUACCAAACUGCCAUCCCGCCGCCGCUCUCCAACCAGCACCAGGCCGCGUUACUCCAGAAGUUACAGCAGCAACAGCUCCAGGCUUUCUGGGCCGGCCAGCUGGCUGAGGCCGAGCAGGCAACGGACCUCAAGGUCCACAGCCUGCCCCUGGCGCGCAUCAAGAAGAUCAUGAAGGCCGACGAGGACGUCAAGAUGAUCGCGGCCGAGGCGCCCGUGGUGUUCGCCAAGGCCUGCGAGAUGUUCAUCCUCGAGCUCACGCUGCGGUCGUGGCUCCACACCGAGGGGACCAAGCGCCGGACGAUGCAGCGGAGCGACGUCUCUGCGGCGAUCAUGGCCAACGAGAUGUUUGAUUUCCUGAUGGAUGUCACUCCGACGGAGCAGCAGACAAACGGGGAUGGAGUUCUGCCGCCACCGCCACCGCUGCAGACGACAGCCGGCCAGGUCCCCUUUCCAAUGCACGUCCCCUUUCCAAUGUAUGCGAACCACCAGCCUCCAUUCAUGUGGCCGACGCCGGAGUAUCAGCAGCAGCAGAAUCCUGGUGGUGGGAAUGAGUAA